AUGCUUGCGGACGGUGAAAUAGUUGGUGACGGAUCAUGGAACCUCACGAUUUACGUGACGGACUUGAACGAGAAACGCACGAUGGUUGUAAAAGGAGAUAUGCAUAUCGGCGGGGUUAUGCUAAAACUGACCGAAAGCUUUGUAAUAAAAGCAGUACUUGAUUUGCUGGGAGGGGAGAAUGUUGAUAAUUUGUGUGAGCGAGAGGUGUGA